UGGCUGACGUGCUGCCCUUCCUCCCACAGAUCUUCAUGAAGUACCUGCAGCCCUCGGAACGCCUGGGCGUCUUCCUCGCCGCCGUGCAGAGCAUGAGAGCCCCGAGUCCCCACAGCACCGAGCUGGCUGCCCACAUGGUGGACGUGCUGGCGGCAGAGACCGACUUCCAUUCGGGACAGGUGCUCCACAUCGUGUGGGCCAUCUACAGAAGCCUGCCGUCCGUCAGAGCCGCGCUGGCCCUUCAGAGCCUGGACAGGGCCCUGCUGCUGCUGGCCAGCAAGUGCCCCAGGGAGACGGUUGCCAGCCUGCUGCAGUGCUCGCUGACCUGCACCAGGUACGGGGCCCAGCAGGGCUCCUCUCGCACACCCCCAAAGCCGUCAGCCGGGCCGGGGGCGGCCCUGCUGACAGCCCGGGGGUCCCGCAGCGUCGCCGUCACCAUGUGGAGGGCGAUGGUGUCUGAGCCCCCAGCCACAGAGAGGGUGCUGCGCGAGCUGCUCUGCAUCCUCAUGAACCAGUCUGGCUGCAAGACAUCCACCUCCACCAAGGACCACCCGCGCAUCCUGGCCCUGGCCGCAGCAAGGCCCCUCCACGAGAUCCUCCUGCUGCCUACCAGCCGGGGGGAGGCGAAGGCCAUUUUCCCCCAGCUCUUCCUGGCCCUCCUCUUCCAAGUGUCCUUCACCACGGAGCUGAAGCUGCAGGAGGUGCAGGUCUUCUGGGAGAAGCACCGGCAGGACCUGCUCACUCCCGUCAGGUCCACGGUGCAGGCCCUGAAAGCGCUGCUCCGCAGCGUGGGCCUGGAGAGCCAGGUGCUGGCCAUCGAGGCGCAGGGUGGCUGGGCCGCGCUUCUCAGCGCCGAGAGCCACCUCUGGGGCGUGCAGGUGGUGGCCAGGGAAAUGAAGGAGUUGCCCAGGAGCCUGCGCGCCACCAUCAUCCACCAGCUGGUUGAGCUGCUCCGCACGGAGGCCUCCUCCUGGCAGACGGUGGCCAUGGUCAUCCUCAGCAAGCUGCUGGAGUGCACAGAGCUCGGCGACGAGCUGGACUGCGUCGUGAGCCUCUUUGCCAGCUACCUGCAGAGCCCGUGCCUGGGCAUGCAGAGCCUGGUGCUCAGGGCGAUCCUGGGGCUCACCAAGAGGCCGGCCACGGUGAGCGGGGGCAGCCGGCAACGCCACGAGUGA